AUGCGUUUCUCGACAGCCACAGGCUUCCGCGCCCGCAUCGGCUCAGCUUCUAGCAUGCUCCUAGUGCUCGCGCUGCUCGCCGUGACGCUGCUCUCAACACCAGUGACUGCAAUGGGUGUGGUCGCGUUCGACUACGGCACAGAAUGGAUGAAGGUCUCGCUUGUCAAGCCCGGUUUGCCAUUUGAUGUGGUGUUGGAUCGCGACUCAAAGCGCAAGAUUCAGUCGGCGGUUUCCUUCAAAAAAUGGGGUCUCGAAGAAGAGAUCCUCUUCGGUACCAACGCUUACAACCACGCUACACGAGAGCCCAAGCAGUCCUUCUACGGCCUCAAGACUCUUCUCGGCCGCACGACAAAUGAAGAGGAUAAGCAAUAUGUCGAGCUGUACAAGUCGAUCUUCGGAAACGAUGUCGUCAGCUCGGAUCGGUCCACGUGCUCACUCAAGCGUCCCUACGAGGCGGAUUCGAAACUCUCUUCGUUGCCCGUAUUGACUGUGGAAGAGCUGGUUGGCAUGCAGUUGGAAUACGCCAAGAAGCUGGCAGAAGAGACGGCUGGUGAGCGAGUCAAUCCUUUGUUGCCAGCUGGAUUCAACGUCGGCUCGUUUGGUGGGUUGGACGCCGUAGUGACCGUACCUGCCUUCUUCAACGCGCAGGAGCGUCAGGCAAUCGUCGACUCUGCUAUUCUGGCCGGCUUCCGCCCACGACUCGUUUCGGAUGGCGCCGCUGCAGCGGUCAAUUAUGCACAGACACGCACCUUCCCUCAGCCCGAAAAACAUCUCUUCUUCGAUGUCGGCUCGGGCUCGGUGCGUGCUACGGUGGUCGAGUUUAGCACCAAGCCCGUGGUGAUCGACUCGAUCUUGUCGGUGGGCAAGGCGUCGAAGGACUCUACUGUUGUUGACGUCAAGGGUGUUGGCUGGGAGCGCAAUGUAGGCGGAUUAAAGUUGGAUCUGAUUUUGAGAGACAAGCUCGCCGCUGAAUUCGAUGCCAAGCACAGUAAGCAGAUUCGUGGUUCGAUUCGCGACAACCACCGCGCUAUGGCUCGGCUGCUCAAGGAGGCGAACCGUGUCAAGCACAUUCUCAGCGCCAACGAUGCCGCCUCGAGCAGUGUCGAGAGUCUGGUGGAUGAGAUCGACUUCCGAACCAUGAUCCAACGUCAAGACUUUGAAGACGCUGUCACCGCCGCCGGCCUGGUGCCCAAGUUCACCUCGCCAAUAAGCCAGGCGCUAGCCAAUGCCGGGUUGAAGUUGAGCGACAUCAACAGCAUCGUUCUGGUGGGUGGAAGUACGCGUGUUCCUCUAGUGCAGAAUGCUUUGCGUGAGGCAGGCAUCCCGGACUCGAAGCUCGCUCAAAACGUCAAUGCCGAUGAGGCGGCCGUCAUGGGCGCUGCAUUCUACGGUGCCAGCUUCAACCCUCAAUUCCGCAUGAAGGAAAUUCGCGCGUACGACCUCAUCCCGUACGCUGUCAAUCUUAAGGAGGCUGACGGAAAGCAGGAGACCAUCUUCCGCGCUGCUUCAUACGAGACCGACGCUGUGUUGCGCCAGUACGACAAUGCCAAGGAGGACUUUGUCUUUGAGCUCGAGUACGACGCUGCUGCGCAAAAGGCGUUGGGAGACAGCACGGAUCGGUCGAUCGCCAUGGUCGAGGUUACGGGCAUCGAUGACGUGCUCAAGGACAUCAAAGCGAGCGGACAGCUGGACCAAGUGGACACGCACGUCAAUUUGACUGUUAUCAGCCGACCGCUGGGUACAUAUGCGGUGGAGAACAUUGUCAUGGUCAUCAAGCCUAAAGCGGGAGGCGGUAUUGCUGGUGCGCUCAAGUCGUUCUUUGGCGUGUCUACGCCUAAGAAGACCGCUACGAAUGGCACUGCUACCAACGGCACUGCUUCGGCUGCCAAGAACGAGACGACCACGGAGGACGAUGCACAGGCUCAGGGAGAGGAGGGAGAAGAGACGCUGGCAUCUGUACCAGCCAAGGACAAGAUUGUCAAGCUCACCGCACGUGUCAUUCCGCAGAACGAUGCGGUGCGACCUCUGUCUGGCGAAGAGAUCAAGCGCAGCAAAGACAAGCUCUGGACCAUGGCGCAAGCAGCUACACGCAAAGCUGCGCGCGAAGAAGCUCGUAAUGCGAUCGAGUCGUACCUCUACCGCGUUCGCGACCUGGUUGAUGACCCAACGUAUAGCUCUGUCACCAAGCCCGCCGAACGCACGUCGAUCGCAUCGAAAACCGAAGAGCUCUCGGCAUGGCUCUCUGAAGAUGGCGAGACAGCUGACACUUCGACGCUGAAACUGAAACGAGCCUCGCUGGAAUCGCUCAUCAAGCCACUGGAAACGCGACUGUCCCAAAACAAGUUGCGAGCUGCGUCGUUCGCCGAAUUUGAAACCUCGCUCGCCGACGCACGUGCGUUUGUGGCUGAAGCAAAGGCCAACUUGACCGCGGCGAUCGAAGCGAAUCUAUCGAGCAAGUACAGCGUCACUGAACUGGACGCGCUCAACGCUACCAUCGAAAAGGAUGCAAAGUGGUUUGCAGAAGGCAAACAGGCGCAGGACAAGAAGGGUCCGAGUGACGAUCCGGCGCUGUUGAGCGGUGAUGUGGAUACAAGAAGGAGAAAGGUCGGCGAGCAGAUUGGCAAGUUAAAGAGGAGGAAGAUCGCCAAAACUCGGCCGAAGAAGACUCCACCGCCUAAGAAGGACGAAAAGAAGGACGAAAAGGACCAAAAGGACCAAAAGAAGGACAACGAGGCUCCUCCACGACAUGAAGAGCUUUGA